CUUUGAAUGGGUGGCUUCACUAAAGUCUUAGGCAAAACAAUUUCCCUCAAGGUGUGCUGGUAAAAACACCUGCACAAAUGUAUCAGGAAAUGGCACUGUUAUCCGGCAGCACGGAGCGGCAGUUUUCAACCUUUUCAUUUAACCCCCUUGAGAACCUGCAUGAGAUCUGCACAAAGAAAGGGGUGUUUUACAAAAAAGCCAAGCUUGUCAGUCAAGGGGAAGACCUCUUCUGCAUAUCCCACUUGGAGGACAACAGGACAGGGUAUGUGAUCAUCAAUGUGGGGGGGAUCAAGUAUAGGAUUCCCUGGACCACACUGGAGGAGUUUCCUUUAACCAGGCUGGGGAAAUUAAAAACCUGCAACAACUAUGAUGAGAUAAUGGACAUCUGCGACGACUACGACGUGAGCUGUAACGAGUUUUUCUUUGACCGUAACCCAUGUGCCUUCAGGACCAUCAUGACCUUCUUAGCAGCCGGGAAGCUCAGGCUCCUUCGGGAGAUGUGUGCCCUCUCCUUCCAGGAGGAGCUCCUAUACUGGGGCAUUGAGGAGAAGAACCUGGAGUGGUGCUGCCUGCGGAAACUGCGCCAGAGAGAGGAGGAGUACGCCGAGGCCAAGAGGGAGGAGGAGGAGUUCUUUCCGGUCACUGAAGAACCACAGAGUGCCUUCCAGGAAGAUGUCCAGGUGGGCGGCUACAUGAAGAAACUCAGAGACAUGGUGGAGAACCCCCAUUCAGGCCUCCCGGGGAAGAUUUUUGCCUGUCUGUCAGUCAUCUUUGUGACCAUCACUGCUGUGACCCUGUGCAUCAGUACAAUGCCAGAUCUCAGAGAUGAAGAAGAAAGGGGAGAAUGCUCUCAGAAGUGUUACAAUAUCUUCAUUCUGGAAACAGUUUGUGUGGCUUGGUUUUCUCUGGAGUUCAUCCUGCGUUUUAUCCAGACACAGAGUAAAUGUGUUUUCCUGAGGACUCCUCUCAACAUCAUUGAUGUCAUGGCCAUCCUCCCAUACUAUGUUACCCUGAUUGUGGACUCCUUCUCUGUGGGGAGGAAGCCAGGUGGAUCUGGGAACAGCUACCUGGAGAAGGUGGGCCUGGUCCUUCGUGUGCUGCGGGCCCUCAGGAUCCUCUAUGUGAUGAGGCUAGCUCGUCACUCUCUGGGCCUCCAGACACUAGGCCUCACAGUGCGCCGGUGCACCCGGGAAUUCGGGCUUCUCCUCCUCUUCUUGUGUGUUGCCAUGGCGCUAUUCUCUCCAUUGGUUUUCCUGGCUGAGAGUGAGUUGGGGGCAAAGCAGGAAUUCACUAGCAUCCCCGGCAGCUACUGGUGGGCUGUCAUCUCCAUGACAACAGUUGGUUACGGCGACAUGGUCCCCCGCAGCAUCCCUGGGCAAGUGGUGGCACUUAGCAGCAUCCUAAGCGGCAUUCUGCUUAUGGCCUUCCCUGUGACCUCUAUCUUUCACACCUUCUCCCGGUCCUACCUGGAGCUUAAAGAGCAGCAGCACAGAGCUGCCAGGCAGAAGCCUGAGGACCGUUUCAAAUCCCAGAAUAGUGACGACUCUCAGGACACAGACAGCUCCUUUCCAGUGGGGAUUAUAGAGUCUUCACUUCCCAGGAAAUCCAUGUCAGCAGCUGUGCAUAAGGACAUGGACUGUGGGGCCCAGCCAAAGACCUAACGAGACAACAGUGGGAAUUGUUUGAAUUAUAUUCUUGAAUAUUAAAAUGUUCCAAUGUACCUUUCAGAACAUAAUGGAGCACUUUAUUGGAGAAUAUGUUGCUUGGAUUUUUUUUCUUCUAGCUGCAGUAAGGGAUGAUGAAAAACAGCAAAACAUGUAUCAUGUGGUUAAAAUAAAUGCACACUGCUGUGAUGGAUUGUAAUCUGUUUUAUAACCCUUUGCACAGUUCUGUUUCUGUAUUUAUUAAGAAGAUUCAUAUAAUCUGCUAUUUUGGGUUUAAUAUGUAAUUUUACAGAGGAACACAUGACAUUUUAUUUUAUUUCCUGCUAGGGGCAUACCUAGCAAUACCAAGUUGCAUAUCUUCUUUUACUAAAAGGAUAGGUUAAACAGCUUUGUAGAAAGCUAAAGUUGUGCAAACAAAUCAUAUUUUUAAA